AUGAGCAACAUUCAUCGCAGAAAUGCUGUUGGCGAUUCUCUGCUUUCUUCGACUCCAUCUACCAACUCGAUUAUAGCUUCUAGCACUCAUGCCUCUUCGUUAGCACAGACUGACCAGAACAAGGGUACUGGCUCCGAUACCGAGCCGAAUGCAGGCUCUUUUUCUUCACUCAAAACAAGAUUUGAACAACUGUCUCAACAACCAGCCAGUACGUCGCUAGUUGAUCAGACGUCUGAUUCACAAAGUUAUGAAUACGGAACUACUCGCAAGACGCCAAUUUCUAAAGUAGCGUCUGCUAUAAAUACAUUAAAUUCUUUGCAACGACAAAACCAGCAGACUUCAAGGACAACCACGCCACCGCCUCCGUCUACACAAGCUGUUGCAGGGUCGACUUUGCAAAACACAAGCAAUUUAUUGACUCCCGCAAACCAUCUGGAAAACGUUAAAUCACCGUCCUUGACGCCUUCACAACAUGUCAAUAUUGUCGCUCCCAAACCAUUAGCUUCACAUAGCACAAACAAAAUGCCGCCACAAAAGACACCGACUUUACCACCUCGUCCUCAAACUGCUGAUUCGGUCACACGCCAGAUUGUCAAUCCUUUUGAAGACCCGUUCGCCGAUGAAAAUGAUGUAGAUCAACAUGGAACUGAGGAUAAUCAUGAGGACAUUUAUGUCAACGGGCUAUAUAAUAGAUCUUUCUCAGAAAAACACCACAGGUUGCAACGUCCCGCUCCGCUACCGAUCGAAUCUUCAUUAUCACCAUCACGAGUCGCAGGCACACUGUCUUCUCCUUUCGGAGACGAUGCGGUAAUCGAUGUCCAUGAGCGGCCAGCAUCUAGGACUUCAUCAAAACCAUCUCUUCCAACUAAACCUCCGCGCUCUGCCGAAACGCUGAUUGAGUUAGAUGAAAAACACAGCUCGAGACACAGCUCGAGACACAAUCGUAGUAAAUCGGAUAUAAAACCUGCUUUACCGCCGCGGCCAUCGACACGCGCUGUUUCAAAUAAUGAAAAGAAAGACGAUAGAUCGAUAUCUUUUCACAAGACGGCUCAUCAAUCGUCCGAAAAGCUACAUCGACCACCGGCUCUUCCGCAACGAGCCGAUCCCGAAAAUUAUCGGGCAAAGUCUCGUCUUACUGUCGCAUCAUCACAGUCUCGUCGAGACCAUUCGGGGUCGGACUUGUCGGAUGAAUCAUCAUCUCCAAAUGUGCCAUUAGGUGGUCUUGGAAAACCAGAUUCUUCUCAUGUAAACCGAUGGGCUCCGCGCUUUAACGAUGUAAAAGACAUUAAUCCCAAGAACAAACACACACCGAAAUCAUUUGCCAUUUCUGGUGAUUUGGUGGUUACCGAUGGUUCUUCUAGUAUGCGUAUAUGGAAAUUACAGACGGGAGAAAAUGUACGCUCUAUAUCACACGAUCAGUCGAAAGUGACAGCGUCAGUGUUCAAACCUACUAGACAGAUAGAAGACAUUGGACGCUAUCUAUGGUGUGGCACAUCCGAUGGAACUCUUUUUGUUGUGGACGUUAGCAUGAGUACCGUUAUAGAGACGACGUCAAAGGCUCAUGAUCACUCUGUUAAUUUUAUACUUGUUCACAACCGCCAAUUAUGGACAAUUGAUGAUAAUGGUAGAUUAAACAUUUGGUCAGAAACUAAUCAGAAUGAACCUACUCUCAAGUCAACGCCACGCUCACUGUCCGUUGCGAAUAAACAGACUUGUGCAUUAAUAGCAGACAACGAUCUUUGGAUGGGGGCUGGUAAGUCUAUUGAGGUAUACAGCUUUGCUGGUGGUCAAAGUGGCUCUAACAUGGUCUCGCAGGUUAUGGAUGUUGGAUUUGAAUUAGGAGGUGUGACCUGUAUGACUCAGACCAACGAUGCGUCACUUGUAUAUGUUGGUCACGAGAAUGGAAUGAUGACCAUCUGGAAUGCUCAAACGAAGGAUAAGCUGUCCGUUGUGCAAGCGUCAAUUUAUUGCAUAACAUGUUUGUUGGGUGUUGGCGAUUAUUUGUGGGCCGGUUACAAGACUGGAAAAAUAUACAUUUACGACGUCAAGAAUAAAGAUUCAUGGGUUGUUCUCAAAGAAUGGCAGGCUCAUAAAUCGCCAGUAAUUGAUAUGAAAUUAGAUGAAGAUGCAUUAUGGCGACUUGAUAGAUUACAAGUCGGUAGCUUGAGCGACGAAGGACAAGUCUCUGUCUGGGAUGGUCUGUUGCGAUCUGAUUGGCUUACAAACCAAAUGGCUUUACAUGAACAAGAGUACUGUACGUACCGUAAUAUAACGAUUUUAAUCUGUUCGUGGAAUAUUGAUGCGUCAAAGCCGCCUGACCUUGAAAAAUAUGCCGAUGACGCCAAGUUUUUGAGGCUUUGGUUCACAAGCGCCUCUUCGCCGGAAAUAAUUGUUAUCGGUUUUCAAGAAAUAAUAGACCUGGAGUCUAAGAAAAUGACAGCAAAAACGAUGUUGAUGUCCAAGAAAAAGGCAGACAAACAGAUGAACGAGAACAUUACUCAGAGAUACCGUCUUUGGCGUGAUAGGCUAGUUAAAGCUGUCCGAGAAUACUCGUCUGCCAAAUACACUCUAAAAGUGUCAGAAAAUCUUGUUGGUCUUUUCUCGCUUAUUUUUAUUAAAGAGUCAGAAGAAAAAUCGCUCAAAGACAUUUGCGUAAAGAAGUGCAAGACGGGUCUAGGAGGGUAUCAUGGGAAUAAGGGAGCCAUUGCUAUGCGGUUUGUCUAUGAUGAUUCGUCCGUAUGUUUUGUAAAUUGUCACUUGGCGGCCGGACAAACGAACGUUACCGCUCGUAACAACGAUGCACAAAAGAUACUUGAAAGCAUAGAAUUGGAGUCUUUAGCCAAUGACCUUGAUAGAAACACUCGCAACGAAUAUGGCCAGGUCUUCGUUGAUGGUGGGAAUGGUUCCAUGAUCACUGAUCACGAGAUUUGUUUCUUUAGUGGAGAUCUUAACUAUAGGAUAGACGUUCCCCGAGAGGUGGCUAUCAAUAAGAUAAACAAUGAGGACUUUGAUUAUCUCCUUGAACACGAUCAAUUGAUAAAACAACGCAUAAAGAAUCCGGGCUUCCGAUUAAAGUCUUUUAGUGAGGGUCGUAUUACAUUUGCGCCUACUUACAAGUAUAACCCCGGCGAGGAUGUGUAUGAUACAUCAGAGAAAAAGCGUACGCCCGCAUGGUGUGACCGAAUACUGUACAGGGGCAAAUGGAUAAAAUUAUUAAAUUAUCAAAGAUACGAGUGCAAGGUGUCUGAUCAUCGACCGAUUAGUGGGACAUUCCAAGCGAAAAUCAAGACAAUUAGGAAAGAAGUUCGUGCAGAAGUAGAAGAUGAAAUCAAAGGCCAAUGGAAGGAGUAUUUAGAGGAGGAAAAGAAGGCUAAAAAACUGUUGUGGCUUGUUAGGGCUGGGUGUGAUAUAGAAGAAGCUCGUAAAGCAUUAAGAGAAGGUCGAGGUAACAUGCAUAAAGCCAUUAAUAGAUUAAACAAAUCGAACUCACGAUAG